AUGACUGCACGCCAUGAUUUCGAGGCCGAGCCUGUUUCCGAGGAGGCUGCACACGAUGAGCAGACGCCUCUACUCGAACGCGAUUCCGAAAGCCAUGAAUAUGACGAUGAUGACGACGGCGCAAUCCGAGAUCGCGACGGAUCUGAAUGCUUUCGCGGACACAACCUGGUUCAAUUCGGCGUUUAUGCGCCGAAGCUAUCCGUCUUUCUCUUGGGCCGGGCUGUUAGUGGUACCGGCGCAGGUGGUCUUAUGGUCACCGGCAUCAUAUUGACAUUGGAUCUGGUGAACAAGAAGCGACGCGGCGUAUUCAUUGGCAUAGUUAACUUUGGAAUGACUAUUGGAGUCUCUUUGGGAGCAGUCCUCGCCGGGUUAAUAGUCCCGAAACUUGGAUGGCGAGUUAUAUUCUGGGUCCAGGCGCCAACGGGCUUGGUGCUAGGUCUUAUCUUGUUUUUCGCCAUUCCGUCACAUCCAGAAGUCGGAUCUGGAAAAACAAAAUCAGCAUCUUUAGUGCAGAGGCUAAAGAAUAUAGAUUAUGCGGGGGGAUUGACCUUGGCAGUGUCUAUCUUCCUUCUAUUAUUCAGUCUCGCUUCCCCUAAAAUACCGGUUACACCGAUCAUUUUGUCCUUCGUUGUCUUCGCUGCAUUUUGGAUCAUCGAGUCGAGAUUCGCGGCUGAACCCAUUGUUCCAACGGAAGUACUAAAGGCGCGCAGCGUCUCACUCACAUGCCUGGCUGCAUUGUUAGCCAUGACUGCCCGCUGGGCAGUCCUAUUUUACACCCCCGUAUACGCAAUGGUGGUUCGAGGCUGGUCUCCAGCCUCGGCAGGACUGAUUUUAACGCCUACGAACAUAGGUUUUGGUUUUGGAGGAUUAUUGGUGGGAUGGCUGCAUAUUCGCCAUGGAGAGAGUUACUACUGCCUCUCCACCCAAACCUCUCACACAGCCGUGUACAUAAUCGCCAUGUUCGUCGACGGCUUCGCAAUCGGCGCAUCCAUGAACUACACCUUCGCCCACAUCCUGUACUUGACCAAGCCAGAAGUCCACUACAUCGUAACCGCUCUCGUGGGAAUGUCCCGCGGCUUCGCUGGCAGUUUCGGCUCAGCGAUGGGGGGAGGAUUUUUCCAGCGUGAACUCAAGGCAGGGCUGGAAGAUGGGUUUGCGAGGCACGGGUUGUCCGGGGAGGAGGGGCUGAUUCACAAGCUUCUCGGCAGCCCCGCGCUAGUUGGGUCACUCACUGGUGCAGAGAAGGAAGUUGCCAUGCAGAGCUACGAAUACGCCAUCAAGAUGCUUCUUCUGGGUGGCUUCGGUAUCAUGAUUGUUGCGUCAAUUGCUCAAGCAGGGACGGGCCGGACGGCGCCGGCUCCAUCAUUGUCCGAAGAACCCAGUGCGUUGGGGGUAGAUAAUUCGAAUAGGGACUAGAGCGUUUACAUCUGGUUGAUGGCAAGAAAUGUUAAACAGAAAGACCG